AUGUUAUUUGCUUAUCCAACAUAAAAUAGUCACGACACGCUUUCCCCUAUUGCUUCUCAACCCUCAGCUCUCAUCUUUUCCGCUUCAUGCGGUCGGGACCCACCCCUUACUGUCUGCCAUCACCCUUCCCCACAACACGAAACUGUAUUCGCUGUAGGCCUACCUCCCCCUAGUUUUCUCCUUCAGUCUGUGCAGUCCCAGACAUCUAUCCCACACCUCUUCACCUGCUUUCGACUCCCAAAUGAAAAAAAUGCAGGAGAAAACACAAAUGCUCCCAACGCGUCGGCUUUAAUCUCUCUCUCUCUCUCUCCCCCCCUCUCUCGCCCUCACUCUCUUUUGGUCUCUCUCUCUCUCUUUCGUCCUCCGGCUUCCCGUAUCCACCGACCUUAUUCCGCGCUCACCGAUGCUUGAGCCGACGGACGACCGGAGGAUUUCUCUCUGAGUAUGAGAAGGAUUGCCAACUCAUCCGCAAUCCAAGAUCACCCAUCGAGCCACCAGCAUGUGCAUUGGAUCCAUACGCUCCACCAGAAGUUGUCGGCUAGAGAACUAACGAAUCUCGGACCACGGACACCGCUAAGAGAGGAGAGUCGGUUUUAGGUCUCCACAGAAUGGAGCGAGAAUGAACAGAGAGCGGCUUAGGAAAAAGCAUGAACUGGAGGUCUAUUGAGGUCAUCUGCUUCCUGUUUAUAUGGAAUCAUAUAACAGUUUGGUCUUCACGCCCGGACCCGUCGGCCAAUGAGCAGCACGUCACCAAGCAGUAUGAUUGGCUCAUCUCCGACCGCGGUCCUUUCCACCACUCACGGAGUUACCUCUCCUUUGUGGAAAGAUUCCGCCAAGGAUUUACUACCAGAUAUAAAAUUUAUAGGGAAUUUGCACGUUGGAAGGUGAGGAACACGGCCAUCGAGAGGCGGGACCUGAUCCGGAACCCCGUGCCCCUGAUGCCCGAGUUCCAGCGCAGCGUCCGCCUCCUGGGACGCAGGCCCACCACGCAGCAGUUCAUCGACACCAUCAUCAAGAAGUAUGGCACCCACAUCCUCAUCUCCGCCACCCUGGGAGGGGAAGAGGCGCUCACCAUGUACAUGGCCAAGAACAAGUUGGACAGGAAGCUGGCCAACGCCACGCAGAACGUGGAGGCGUUGCAUCAGCUGGCGUCCUCCUACUUCAUCGACCGGGACGGGACCAUGAGGAAGCUGCACGAGAUCCAGAUCUCCACGAACGCCAUCAAGGUGACGGAGACACGCACGGGCCCGCUGGGAUGCAGCAGCUACGACAAUCUGGACUCGGUUAGCUCCAUCCUCCUGCAGAGCCCCGAGAGCAAGCUCCACCUCCAAGGUCUUCAGGUUAUCUUCCCAGAGUAUCUGCAGGAGAAGUUUGUCCAGUCGGCUCUCAGCUACAUCAUGUGCAAUGGCGAGGGCGAGUACACCUGCCGGAACAACCAGUGCAUCUGCCAGUGUGACGAGGAGUACCCACAAUGCAACUGCCCCAUCACGGACAUCCAGAUCAUGGAGAACACGCUGCAUGGAAUGGGCGAGUCCUGGGGGACCUCCUACAAGGACUUUGAGAACUCUGAUGAGUUCAAGUCCUUCCUGAAGAGGCUGCCCUCCACUCACUUCCUGCCCGUCAGCAGCGUGCACCUUCUGUGGGGCAGCGACUGGGACCUGCAGGCCCGCUACCGCCUCCUCCAGAGCUCCCUGGAGGUCCAGAGGCUGAAGAUCCAGCGCACCGCCCGCAAGCUCUUUGGCCUGAGCAUCCGCUGUCACCACAACCCCAACCACCAGAUGCCUAGGGAGAGGUCUGUGAUGCAGUGGCUGAACCGGGUUCAGUCCUUCCUCUACUGCAACGAGAACGGCUUCUGGGGCACCUUCCUGGAGAGCCAGCGGAUGUGCGUGUGCCACACGGGCGUCACCCUCUGCCAGCGGCCCAUCCCCUGCGUGAUCGGCGGCAACAACAGCUGCGCCAUGUGCAGCCUGGCCAACAUCUCCCAGUGCGGCUCGUGCAACAAGGGCUACAAGCUGUACCGCGGCCGCUGCGAGCCGCAGAACGUGGACUCGGAGCGCAGCGAGCAGUUCAUCAGCUUCGAGACGGACCUGGACUUCCAGGACCUGGAGCUCAAGUACCUGCUGCAGAAGAUGGACUCGCGCCUCUACAUCCACACCACCUUCAUCAGCAACGAGAUCCGCCUGGAGACCUUCUUCGACCCGCGCUGGCGCAAGCGCAUGUCCCUGACGCUGAAGAGCAACAAGAACCGCAUGGACUACCUGCACAUGAUCAUCGGCCUGUCCAUGAAGAUCUGCCAGAUGCGCAACAGCAGCAUCGACCCCAUGUUCUUCGUCUACGUCAACCCGUUCAGCGGCAGCCACUCGGAGGGCUGGAGCAUGCCGUUCGGCGAGCACGGCUACCCGCGCUGGGAGAAGGUGCGCCUGGCCAACUCGCAGUGCUUCAACUGGACCCUGCUGCUGGGCAACCGGUGGAAGACCUUCUUCGAGACGGUGCACAUCUACCUGCGCAGCCGCGCCAAGAUCCCCACGGGCCUGCGCAACGACACGGGCCAGGGCCCCGUGGACCUGGCGGACCCCAACAAGCGGCAGAUCUACAUCAAGAUCUCCGACAUCCAGGUGUUUGGGUACAGCCUGCGCUUCAACGCCGACCUGCUCCGCAGCGCCGUGCAGCAGGUGAACCAGUCGUACACGCAGGGCACCCAGUUCUACUCGUCGUCGUCCGUCAUGCUCCUGCUGCUGGAUAUCAGGGAUCGGAUUAACCGCCUGGCCCCGCCCGUGGCCCCCGGGAAGCCCCAGCUUGAUCUGUUUUCGUGUAUGCUGAAGCACAGGCUCAAGCUGAACAAUAGCGAGAUGAUCCGCGUGAACCACGCGCUGGACAUGUACAACACGGAGAUACUGAAACAAUCGGAUCACCUGACUACUAAACUCUGCUGAGGUUAGCGCGAUGCGGAGAGGUGGGAGAGUGUGGGAGGAACGACGGCGGUUGAGGGUGGAAGAGGGGGCGAGCGAGAGGCAAACCUCGCAGAACAGUAAACCGCACUGUAUG